GAGGUUUGUUCGAUUUUCGCCUGACAGCGCACCUCCCGGAGCCAAGACGGUGUUCCGCGUAGAGCCGGUUUGUCCCAGUCCGAGCAGCGCAGUCCGCGUGGGAAGGUCGGCACUCGGCGUCCUGCAGGCCGGAGACAUGAUGGUCCACUGCGCCGGGUGCGAACGGCCCAUCCUGGACCGGUUCCUACUAAACGUGCUGGACAGAGCCUGGCACGCAAAGUGCGUGCAGUGCUGCGACUGCAGCUGCAACCUCACCGAGAAGUGCUUCUCCAGGGAUGGAAAGCUCUAUUGCAAAAUGGACUUUUUCAGACGGUUUGGCACAAAAUGCGCAGGCUGCCUGCAGGGGAUCUCGCCGAACGACCUGGUGCGCAAAGCGCGCAGCAAGGUGUUCCACCUGAACUGCUUCACCUGCAUGGUGUGCAACAAGCAGCUGUCCACGGGAGAGGAGCUCUACGUGAUCGACGAGAACAAGUUUGUCUGCAAAGAAGAUUAUUUGAGCUCCGGAGCCAUUAAAGAAGUCAAUUUGAAUUCAGUGUCGUCGUGCACGGAUCGGAGUUUAUCGCCGGAUCUGCAAGACCCGACACAGGACGACAUAAAGGAGACGGACAAUUCCACGUCCUCCGAUAAGGAAACGAACAAUAUUGAGAAUGAGGAGCAGAACUCCGGGGCCAAGAGGCGGGGACCCCGAACCACCAUCAAGGCCAAGCAGCUGGAAACGUUAAAGGCCGCUUUCGUGGCCACGCCCAAACCGACCCGUCACAUCCGAGAGCAGCUGGCGCAAGAAACGGGACUGAACAUGCGGGUGAUCCAGGUUUGGUUCCAGAACAGAAGAUCCAAAGAGCGACGCAUGAAGCAGCUGAGUGCGCUGGGCGCCCGGCGGCACGCCUUCUUCAGGGGCCCCAGGAGGAUGAGACCACUGGGAGGUCGGCUGGAGGACGCAGAUAUUUUGGGACCCGGUGCCUAUGGGUACUACGGAGAAUACCAGGGUGACUAUUACGGACCAGGCAGUAACUACGACUUCUUCCCCCACGGCCCCCCAUCCUCACAGGCCCAGUCUCCAGCCGAGUCCCCGUACAUCCUCGGCUCUGGACCCGGAGCUAUGGAGGGAUCAGGCCACCACCCUUCAGAUGACCAAAGGUUCACGGACAUGAUCUCUCACGCAGAAACCCCAAGUCCAGAGCCGGGCUUACCCAGCUCCUUGCAGCCUGUUCCAGGGGAAGCAUACGGAGGUGGACCUAGCCCUCCUUUCUCCUUGGCUAGUAACUCCAGCUACAGUGCUCCCAUGUCACACCAAGGCCAAGAGAUGGGAGAAACCACAGCCUGGUAGAGGUGGACCCACAGAGACCAUUCCUAGGCUGUGCUGGCCCCAACCAAUUCAGGAGGUGGAUUGGAAAACCCACUUUAAAGAGUGGGAAGCACCAAUGAAAUGUAAGUGGAGGACUUCCUAAACCCAUCUGAUGAUGGUGCUGAAAUGGAAUCUUGUUUAUGGAGGAGGUGACAAAUGGGAUUGAUCAUCUCCUUCCACCGGACUCAAACAAUUUAAAAACAUUGUUGACUUUCCAUCCAGCAAAACUGCUCCUUUGCCUUCCCCUUGAUGUUAGCAAAGGUAUCUUCUAAUGCUCUUGGAACACGUUAGAGCGAAAUGCCAAAGGGGACCUGUUUAAUUUCCUCAAAGCCUCACCACAGUUUUUAAACAUUGCUUUAAAGCAAUAUUAGCUUUCAAAUUGUUUGCUUUCCACCUGUCUUCAUUCAUGCGUCACUUCUUUAUCUUCAGUGUAAUCGGAACAAUACAAUACAAAUAAACCCCC